AGUUCCGCUCAUUAAGUUCUCGUUGCUCUGAAAUCUCAAAAGUGUUUCGCAAGUUUUUAUUUUAAAGUUUAAACCACAAAAGAAGUAUGUCAGAUGAAAAUAAAAACACUCAGGAAAAGAAAAAAAACCCUCGCUGUUUCUUUGAUGUAACCAUCGGCAAUAAGCCAGAGGGAAGAAUUUACUUUGAGUUGUUUGCUGAUGUGUGUCCAAGAACAGCUGAGAAUUUCCGGUCUCUGUGUGUGGGUGAUAAAGGCAUUGGUGAAUCGACUAAGAAACCUUUGCAUUUCAAAGGAUGUCCCUUUCAUAGAAUCAUAAAAGGUUUCAUGAUACAGGGAGGGGAUUUCUCUAAUCAGAAUGGAACAGGUGGUGAGUCAAUCUAUGGAGAAAAAUUUGAGGAUGAGAAUUUUGAACUGAAGCAUAAAGAAGCUGGUCUUCUAUCCAUGGCAAAUUCUGGUGCAAACACAAAUGGAUCACAGUUCUUUAUAACAUGUGAACCUACACCUCACUUGGAUGGAAAACAUGUUGUCUUUGGUAAAGUUAUCAAAGGAAUGCAUGUAGUUCGCUCCCUAGAAAAUGUGGACAAAGAUGGUGAAAAGCCAAAAAAGCCAUGUGUUAUAGCUGAUUGUGGUGAUGUUCCACCAGAUGAAGAUAUUAUGGUUGUGAAGGAUGAUGGGACAGGAGAUACAUAUUCAGACUAUCCAGGGGAAUCAAACGUACAAUUUCAGAAGUUUAACGAGGUCAUUGGUGUAGCUGAAAGGAUCAAGAUAAUAGGGAAUGAACAGUUUAAGUUGGGAAACUAUGAAGUUGCUCUGAAGAAAUAUUCAAAAGCUUUAAGAUAUUUGGAGCACAUGGAUUCCGAUUCCUCAUCUUCAUCUGGUGAAGAAGAUAAAAAGAAUCAAGAGAAUAAUGAUACCAAAGAAAAGACAGAACGACAUAAAUCUGUGGUGUUACCGUGUUACUUGAACAGUGCUGCUUGUUGCCUAAAACUUAAAAGUUAUGAAGAAGCAGUUACUAACUGCGAUGAAGUAAUUGAAAAUUUUGAAAAAGAUAAUGUUAAAGCUCUGUUCAGAAGAGGACAGGCGUAUGCGUUCUUGCGUGAUUUUAACAAGGCAUUGACUGACCUCCAAUCUGCUGCAAAGCUUUCACCAACAGAUAAAGGCAUUCGAAACGAGAUCGCUCGGGUGAAGAACCUUAUCAAAGAUCAGAAAGAAAAGGAAAAACAAAUGUAUUCAAAAAUGUUCGCCACCUAAAAAACUUUUAGAACUUAUUAUGAAAUCGAAUGCUUGCAUGCGCUGAGCUUUAGUUUUUCUUUAUGCUUCGCCAAAAUCGAAUAUUUUCUCGUCCUAAGUGAUAUAUACGUGACAGUUCCAACAUCCACGCAUAGAGAAAUAUAUAUGGGGAUUUUGCAGCAAUUGUAGUUGAAAAAGCACAUUCUCAAUUUCCAAUGGACUUUUUUCUUAAUUUCAUUUGCAAUAUAUAA